AUGUUUGUUGAGGAGUUGGAAGUAGUGUUGAGAUCGAGCGAGAUGAGAGGAGAUCGAUUCGUGUUGGAGGCGAUUCCGACGCCGCAGCACCCGUCCGAUCCGUACCUGCCGGCCUCCCCUGUCGCCUCCACCCUGGACAUCCCGAUUUCGAUCCACCUGGACCACCUGCACAGCGUCUACAUCGCCGUCGGCACCCUCGCCUGCGCCCUCCUCAUCGUCUCCAUCACAGUGACCGUGUGCCACUGCCGACUGCACAAAACGUACAGGAACUGCUCGGUUUUGCCCUUCAGGAGUAGCAGACUCAGAGAGGAACAUUGUCCUUCGAGGUAA